AUGCCGCUGGGGCCAGAAUUCUCAUCAUCAUUUGGACGAGGCCAUCAUCACGUCAUGGUUUUCGUAGAUGCAUGGGAUAGUUGGCGGCAGGGUGAUCCUGUUCGUGUGCUGCUGUUCGUUAUGCUCUUCUCUUUCGCAUUACAGCUUCCAAUCGGCGUCGUCGCACCGUUCGGAGACGGUGCGACCCCAAGAUCAGUUGUCAAUAGAACGCGAGGGACUCUAACCGAGAAAUAG